AUGUCACAGUGGCUUGGGUCCCAAAACUACUCGCAUCAGACUCAACUGGUUGGAGCCGCAAUCGUUGGCGGCCUUGCUGCUGCGGCUACAAUAUACAGCCUUCAGAACCUCAGGCGUAAUGUGGCUCUGGGAGACCUGAAAGCAUCGAUACCGCCAUUAAGUCUUCUGAAGCUCACCGAUUUUGGCGGCGCUUCCUUGCGGACAUCGACUAAUAAGGAAGAUGAGCGCAACGCUGCUUUGGCUGCUCGCGCUCGUAGAGGCGAUUAUGAUGAUGAACUAAUAAUGGAGCAAUUGGCACGUAAUCGUGUCUUCCUCACCGAUGAGGGCCUGCAUAAGCUUCGCCAGUCUUUUGUGAUCGUUGUUGGCUUGGGCGGCGUUGGAUCUCAUGCGACGACUGCACUCGCAAGAAGUGGCGUAGCCAUGAUUCGCUUGAUCGAUUUUGAUCAGGUAACGCUCUCAUCUCUGAAUCGACAUGCGGUAGCAACGCUUGCCGAUGUUGGGAUACCCAAAGUGCAUUGCGUGCGGAAGAGGCUUGAACUGGUCUCGCCAUGGGUGAGGUUUGAUUGCCGUAAUGAACUCUUUCGCGUCGAAGCUGCUCCAAGGCUACUUGGUGAAUGGAACCACGAGUUGCACGGAGGAGAGGACAGGAGGAAGCCCGAUUACGUGAUCGACUGUAUAGACAACAUAGACUCAAAAGUCGCGUUGUUGCUUUACUGCUAUCAGCACAACAUCAAGGUGGUUUCCUCCAUGGGUGCUGGGUGCAAGUCUGAUCCUUCCAAAAUAUGUCUAGGAGACAUCUCAAACAGCACUGACGACCCUUUAUCAAGAUCGACAAGACGACGAUUGAGGGUUCUGGGCGUCAAAGAGGGCAUUCAAGUUGUAUUUUCGAGCGAGAAGCCCGGUCCGGGAAAGGCUGAACUGCUACCACUUAGCGAAGAAGAGUUCGCAAAGGGCCAGGUGGGUGAAUUGGGUAUCCUCCCAGAUUUCCGCGUCAGGAUAUUACCUGUGCUUGGCACCAUGCCAGCAAUGUUCGGGUAUGCUGCUGCCAAUCAUGUCAUCUGCGCUGUUGCCGGAUACCCUCUUGAGUAUCGAGUGGGUGAUAAGAGCCGCGAAAAGUUGUACGCAGGCAUACUCGCAGCAUUACAAACUAUGGAAGCCAAACUAGUCAAAAGUAUCACCGGCAAUAUCCCGCUAGGCCUGAGAAUUCCGUUAAAUCUCGAAGACGUGGCUUACCUCAUUGAGGAGGUUUUUCGAGGGAAGAGCGUUAUAAGCGGGUUGACAACCAGGCUGGCGCUGGUGAGAUGGGAGAGGCCAAGCGACGGAUACCAAGUUGAGCCCACUUGGGAGAAAGAAGGCCAGAUCUUUGUCAGGCUCGGCCUUGGAGAGUUGGUGUGUGUUACUAAGGAGGAAGCACAACGGCAUGAACGAGAGGUCUUGAGAGGUAAUAAGAGCCCGGAAGACCUUUAUGCACAAGAAGUACUACACCUCGUCUCGAAGAGGCAGCAAGAAGAGCUGUCGUUUAGUAGGUUUCGAUGA